UUGUUACCUAAACCAAUGCAGCCAAACGUUAUUCCACAGCAGAUGAGCCAAUCAGCUACAAAGAAGAAAAGAGCUCGCCAUGCCAAGAGACCUGGAUAUGCCAGACAGCCUGACAGUAAAGGGGAACCUAGUGAGCCAAGUGACAUUACUGCUGAGGCAACAGUUGGUGAAACUAAGCAGGAAUCCAAGGUGGAAGAAGAUCAAACAGGAGCCGCAAGAGUCACAAAACCUGAUGAAGUGAGUAGUGAGCCUUCCACGCCCUUGUACUCCAUUGGAACUCCAUCAUCCUCAGAUGAAAAUUUGUUUAAAGAGAUGAAGGUCAAUAUCACUGAAGAAAACAUUAUAGAAACGCUUAGCAGAGGAUCCUUAAAAGACUUGGAUUUGAGUAAAUCAACUCCACCCCAGGGUGACAAAAUUAUUGAACAAAUCUCAAUUGAUGCUUCAAGUGAACACUCGGAAACUGCAUCUAAAUCUUCUUGCAUGGAGAUACAGGACAAAACCUUGGAGGUGCCAAAUGACAGAAAGAGUUUAGAAAGAGAUGAAAGUAUUUUUGAAAGUGAGAAAUAUUGGGAUUUAAAUGAGGAUCUUUCUGAAGCAUUAGACAUUAGGAUCAAUGAUGGCUUUGCUGGGGAAACCUGUCUAAACAGUGCUGUGGAAAGUGAAAUACUAUCUUUACAUUUUACCCCUGGAUCAAAUGAACAACUUGAACAAAGUGUGGAGGUAGACCUUGUGCAAGAAAGACUCACUUCAGAUCAGGAAAAGGGUAACCCCAAGGAACCUCUGAAGAAGCUAAACAAUGUGCUGAUGCAUUUGAAACUUCAAAUCACAAGUCUAAGUAAAGACAAAAGGUGUUUAACUAGCCUUGAAGAGGAGUUGUUGAAGGUAUACACAGAGUCUUGCAAUGUGAAGAAUGAAAAAGAACAAGAGUUCAAAAGACUUCAGGUGGAAGAAACCCAGGCCCUAGCCAGUGACAAUUAUGACCUGGCAGAAGAGAUCAGUGACAGAAUGGAACAACUCAAACAAGAUUUGCAAUCUGUUAAGUAUAGGCUCCCUGGUCAAGAUGAUAAGGUUAAAAAAGCAUUGAAACUGAGAGCUGAAAUAUCACACAGAGAAGUUGAGAUUUACCGUCAAAAUCAAACAGCACUGGAAGAAUUGAAAGAAGAACAAAAACAGUGUUUGGUCAGGCAUACAGAUACACAGGCUACCUGGAGCGCCAAGGAAAAACAGCAUCUUAACUCUGAGCGGCAGAGAUUGGAAAGAACAAUGGACCAUCUGAGGCUUGACAAGGAGCAUAUGGAGGCAGAGGGUGUGGAAUUAAGUAGAGAAAUUCUGCUUAAAACUGAGGAGUUCCAAAAAAGAAAGGAAGAGUUGCUUUUAGAGAGAGGAGAUUUGCAGGCAGAAAUUUCAUCGCUAGAGGCUAAGCUGGCCAAGUUAAGAGCAAAAGAAUCAGAGCUAACAGCUUUCAUUAAAGAGCACGAUGAUGAAAUAGAAUCUGUCAAGUUGGAAUUCAGCCCACAGCAACAAGCCCUUGAUAAACAGCAACGAGAAAUAGAGAGAAGAGAGAACUCACUUCAGGAAGAAUUUAGGCUGUUGUCAUCUAGUCAAGAACUAUUUGAUGCCAAAGCAGAGGAGAGUCAGAGAAAAGAGCAAGGUUUGUCUGAUGGUAUAACUGCAGCUUCAGAGGAGCUGGAAAAAUACGAAAAGCUAAUCAAACAGCUAGAAAGGCAGCAGGAGUCUGCUCAAGAAUUUCUAAAUAUGAAGCAUUUUACUUUUCAAAUGGAUCCUAAAGUAACAAGUCUUCAAGUCAAACACAAGGAAGUGGCCCAGGAAAUAAAAAAUAUCACAAACAAGAUCCAGGUGGGACAAAGAGGCGUGGCUACCCUUAGAAAGACCGUAAAUGAAAUCGAGUCCCAGAUCUCUGAUCUGGACGCAGCUAAAGAAAUAGCGAAGAAAGACAGAAAUUUUAAGGAGGCUAAACGGCUGAAAGAAGAAAGAGAAACUUUGACACAAGAGGGAGUUGAAAGCCAAGAAAAAUUAGAAUCUUUGCUGAAGGGACUUGCAGAAGAUGGGAAGUUGUUGGAGGAGGCGCAACAACAGAACGUGGACUUGGAGAAAGAGAUCAAUGAUAAAGAGCGUCUUGCGGCUGUGGUUACUGUAGAGGAAGCAUCCGUUAUGAUUCAAGUCCUCCAUGAACAAAUGAAGAGAGUCGGUGAGGACAGUCUGAUCAAGGCUUUGCUUGAGACCGAAGCUAUCACAUGUAAAAACUUGAUAUCAGAGUUGUGUGAAAAGCACGGCAUUCCGAUACCUGAGGUGAAUGACUCAGACGAUAGAGAUCAACGGGAGAUCAUCAUAGUGGAGGAAUCCGUUUCUGAGCCCACGAAGUCCUCAGAAGGAGGACAGCGUCAAAAACAAGAUUACGACAAUUUGGUGGAAAAAUUGAGUGAGCUAGAGGGAAUACUGGAAGCUGUGGUAGAAAUUGAGGAUUUUGACGAGGCUGAUAUCCUUUUAUGACCAAACUAAUUUUACUUAUUCAAUAACUUAAUAGCUGUGCUACGCAUCAUAACCUGAGGCUUAACUUGUCAGCCAGCACGGAGAAAAAUGAAACUCGUGUAACACGCGGUAAAACUUGACAACCACUUUUAAGAUCGUUACAUGUAGUAUGUCGUGUGAAGUAUAAAAA